UACAGUCAAACGGCAUCGACACACCACUACCGAUACGAGAGAGAGAAGAGAGAGAGGCUUCUCGCUUCUCUGAGAGGAGAGAGAGGCCCCCGCCCGCCACCGCCUCGGGGCCCGAUGGCGCCCGGCGUGUCGGCGAGCAUGGCGCUGACGCUGGCGGGAUUCUGCUUCAGCGUCAUCUUCAUCGUCUUCGUCUGCUUCCGCCUCGUCUGCGCCCUCCUCCGCCGCCGGCGCUCCCGCUCUCGCCGCUCCCCCGCCCUCCCGCAGUACGCCGUGGCCGGCUACUCCUUCGCCGUCCACGUCGCCCGCCCGGCCGCAGGCGGCGGUGGCGGGGGGCUCGAUCCCGCAUCAGUCGCCGCCUUCCCCACCCGCGCCUUCGCCGGUGGCCCCCGCGGCUCGGGCGCCUCCGACGCCGACUCCCAGUGUAUCAUCUGUCUUGCAGAAUAUGAAGAGAAAGAUGUGCUACGCAUUCUUCCUUCCUGCUGUCAUAAUUUCCACAUGGCCUGUAUAGAUAUGUGGCUGGAACAGAACUCAACCUGCCCGGUCUGUAGAAUCUCAUUACGUGAUAACCCUGAUAGCACACACGCUGCGCCGCCUCCUCUCCCUAGUGUAGUGAUAAGCCCUCCAUGUUCUCCACGAGCGUCAAGAUCAGAUCCAUGUCACUGCCUAUUUGUUAGCACAGGGCAUUCAUCAAGGGCAUCAGAGAUUCUUAGACAUGAACCCGACCAGGAGAAUCAGACAGCGUCUGGGAGACUCCCCUCGUGAAAACAACAGCCAAACAGUAAGAAAGCAGGUGGAGUGAUCUACCCAGGAAGGACCCCUGCAAAUGGCUGGUUGGAGUUUCUUUUGUGCAGUCUGCAAGGCCAGUUAUUACCUGUAAAGUGAAAAACAUCUACACAGGUGGAUGGCUGUUAUAGGUUAGCUUCGAGGGGUUUGGUGUAAAUAUGAGAAAUCAUUCGGGUUUCUUGUUGGACCAAAAAAAAGCAAAUUUCAUUUUUAGUCGUACUCAAAACAGCUAAUUGUGGUAUACUGGUAUCCCACAGAGAUGAUUGUUACAGCGACAGCACAUUUGCGAAAAGCCAGUACCUGUUGCAAUCAGCAAAUAGGAAGAAGGGUAUCUUGAUUAGUUCCA